AUAUAUUCCAACUACACAACCACCAUUUCGUGAGUCUGCAACCAACGCGCCAAGUCAGGAUCGCCUUUCCCGUCAUACUGAAAUAAGAUAACAUCAGGAGAAAUUGUUUUUGAAUAACGGAAAUAUGAUGGUCACUCCGGCGGAUUUAGUGCUUCUGCUGCUGAUUGGCUCAUUAAGAGUUGGUGCUGCCGUGACGAGCCAGGAUACUUCGCCGCCUUCCUCGUGGGCCAAACUCCAGAUAUCGCCCAACACGCUCGGCUCCAUGGAAUUCGGCCAUUUCGGCAUCGACGUCUACGAGCACGCCAGCAACCACAAAGAAUCUACCCCGGAAGAUCAGUGCAAAAAAUGCAAAUAUUACUUUGCCCCCAUUUCGCUGCUGGAUCACACGAGUGCCGUCAGUUUGUUGAACAACGUGACCAACCAGGCCGAGAUGCGAUUCCGCAUCUACUUCUGGAACGCGGAGCUCAAAACAAAAGUCGUUGAAUACGUGGCGAAAGUGUUGGGGCAGAAAGUCAACGACCAUCAGGUGCAACUCAUUCCCUUUGAGAACGUCAUAUUAACCAGCUCGCUGUCCAGCGCCUCUUUCUCCUUGCCGACCGAAUGGAAAUCGAUGAAUCAUCAUCAUUUCAUUAACUUUAGUCUGUCCUGCCCGGAUCUCAAGGAUUGCGACCAACUGGCGUCGGAAAUGCGCUCCCGUCCGGAGCAGUUCGACCACUUCAAACUGCGUUUCAGCUUGGCGUCGCAGACGUCGCAAACCAGAGAAACGGUCAUCCGCAUCGAGAGCGUCACUUCCGGAGAGAUGGUAAAUAGUCUCUUGCAGAAAUUCGGCAGACGUAAAGAGGAGGUAUACCUGACGGCCAAAGACGCGAAUCGGAUGCUGGCGGAAACGGCCACCAACAUCCGAAUCGACUCGUUCGACGACUCGGACGUCGUUGACCCCAGUUCCGAAAAGGAAAUCCACAAAAUCCUCGAAGAAUUGCUCAUCAGCUCCAGGAAGGAAAUCACGAAAUUCAACGAGAAAAUCUGGCAGUCCGUUUUUUGGAACGACGACAAUUAUCGACCGGAUAAGGCGACGAAAACGUUGAACGAAUGGCACAGCAAGAUGGACAAGGAAAACCAAAAGAAGCUGGAGGAAUCCUAUACUGAUACCAAAAAAUUAGCAGUUGCCACGGACGUCAAGACGCUAGCCGUCAAAGUGGCAGCCUCAGUCGAUUCGGAUUUUUCCCGCCAAGGAGCCAAUUUGAACGAGGAGCUGUCUAAACUCUACCAGGAGAGCAAAGAUCACGUCGAGUGGGACGGAGUGAAAUUCGUGCCCAAGCCAAUGAAACUGAGCAGGGUCAACAUGGCCAAAUUAAACGACAGACAGGCGUUUCAGAAUCGCAAAGUGCGCGUCCGCUAUACAACGGCCGUCCUGUCGACGGCCAUCAAUUUGGCCCAGCACCCCGAAUUGACCAUCACCGACGAAUGGCAAAGUCUGAAAUCGGAGGUGGCUAAUUUAAAAACGGCAUUGAACGCGUUAAUAAGAGAAGACGUUGUGGAUAUUGGGAGAAUUCCCAGUUCCUGUUCGGAUCUGCACCAAAUCGGACACACGAAAAGCGGACUGUAUUCGGUCAUGGGAACCAAAAUGGUUGAAACUGUUUAUUGCAAUUUUCUGAGUAACGGCGAAGAAAAGCAGAAGUGGAUUGGAUAUAACGACGUCAAAUCACAUCCGACUUAUUUCUACGUCCAGAGGAACACGCCCUUCUUCAUUAUGAACAUUCCGAUCCCGUUCCAUCUGGAGAAACUAAACGUCGGCAACGCCAUGAAAUUGAAAACGGGCAAGUUCACGGCGCCUCGGGCGGGGACGUAUUAUUUCUUUUUCACGGGAGUGGCCCAGUUUCCCAAGUCGCCGACUCUACUGCAGCUCGGCGUGUCUCUCUGCCUCAACGGCCAUAAAAUCGGAAUGGGCUGGGUCGAGGAGGCCAACACGGCCAACUUCCAAUCGAGUCCUUUGACCAUCCAGUCGACAGUCCAUUUGCAAUCGGGCGAUCAGGUUUGGGUCCAGAUUUUCGCCAUGUCGGCAGGAGUGUCUCUGUUCGAAUGCUGCGAUUAUUAUUUCACUUUGUUUUCUGGGUGGGUCUUGCAGGAGGAUAUUGUUAAAUCGCUCAAGUGAAUACUAUCGUUAAUAAUGAAUCCAACUCGUAUAGUUAGCCCUUUUUGUUU